AUGGACAAAGCUAAACCAAUCUUGACCCCUAUUGAAGAGAAAUUGAAGUUGACCAAAGAUGGAACUGGUGAUUUUGUUAAUGCUACAUAUUUUAAAAGAUUGGCAGGUAGUCUAAGAUACUUGACUUCUACAAGGCCUGAUAUUACUUAUGGAGUUGGAUUAAUUAGCAACUUUAUGGAGUUUCUGCGUCAAUCUCACUUGCAAGCUGCCAAGAGAAUGUUGAAAUAUAUUCAAGGUACACACUCUGAUGGCAUAUUUUGUUCAAAGACUAAUGAUAGUAAUCAUGUUGGAUUUACUGAUAGUGAUUGGGCUGGAGAUAUUAUGCAAAGAAAAAUUACUUCUGGCUAUGCAUUUUACUUGGGAUCUAGUGUAUUUUCAUGGUCUUCAAAGAAAUAA